AUGGCUGAAUUCCCAUCUGGAACGGCGCCAAUAAAGGCAGAAUAUCUGCUCUCAACCUCAGCACCAAGUUCCGCACCGGAUGAUGAUGCCGCUGAGGGAAGUAGAAAUCGUAUCAGUGGUUCGUCGCGCUUGGAUGAGCCACAUACUACUGGUCCAUUCCGAAAAAAAAUGUCCAAGGAAGAGAAAAAGGCCCAGAGAGGACAGAACAAAGGCAGACGGUUCGGCAAAGUCAGAGACGAGUUUGAUCUCUGCUGGAAGAUUGCCAAUGGAACUGUAUGUGAACACGGUACAGAAUGUCGAUUCAAUCAUGACGUUCCUUCGUAUUUGACUGCCAAACCUCGCGAUAUCCAUAUGCCGCAAGCGACAGAAUUAUCAGAAAAGUCGCCUUUCAUUCCUGAGACCCUAUCCGGUAUUUUGUCUGACGCGUCUAUAUGUCCCGUCUUCGCCGAGCUUGGAGAAUGCAGAUAUGGUUUCAAGUGUCGUUUUCUGGGCUCCCAUGUCCGGACCAACCUGGAUGGUUCUCUAUCACUCGUCACCGAUGAGGUCAAAAUGGCGAACGCCGCUGUGAGUGCCAAGGAGGUCAACUUCGUUGGCUCAGAAGCUCAAAAGAUGUUACGUUCGAAAAAAUAUCAGUUCCCUAUCGCCGAUGCCUACAUGAAGGAGCAAAAGUUUGCGGAAGACGCCCCCAAAAAGUCCGAAAAAGCAUCGAUGACCAUUCCGGAGCCAGAACAAAUGGAAAUGGAAGUAGAAUCAUCGUCUGGCCCAGCUAGCACCAACGCGUCCAUCAAGGAAGAAAAUGAAAUCUCCGUGGAGAACGCAGGGACCGUAACUGAGAAGGUUAUGCAGCGCACGGGUGAUUUGGCCUCUCGAGUAGAUACUCCCGAUGUUCCCGUACGCUUCACCGAAAAGAAGCGGCUCAAUUGGUCUGGGAAGACAUACCUCGCGCCUCUUACCACCGUGGGUAAUCUGCCGUUCCGCCGACUAUGCGUGACGUAUGGUGCUGAUAUUACCUGUGGCGAAAUGGGUUUGGCCACGUCUUUCUUGUCCGGCUCCAAGGAGGAAUGGUCGCUGGUAAGACGGCACCCUUCUGAGUCUACAUUCGGUGUACAGGUGGCCGGGAACAAGCCAAACACGUUGGUCCCAACAGCCGAAGUCAUCGCUAAAGAAAUCGGAAGUAAUGUCGAUUUCGUUGACCUCAAUUGCGGAUGUCCCAUAGAUCUGGUGUUCAAAUCAGGAAGCGGUUCUGCUUUGCUCGAUGCUGCGGGAAAGCUUGGCCGGAUAGUUGUCGGCAUGAACAAGGCUCUCGGAGAAAUUCCUGUCACUGUCAAGCUAAGGACAGGUGUAAAGGAAGGCCGAAAUACUGUGCAUAAGCUAAUGCCUCGUUUGAGCACGGAGUUUGGAGCGGGCUGCCUCACGCUGCAUGGUCGAACCCGACAGCAGAGGUACACGAAGCUAGCCGAUUGGGAUUACAUUAAACAAUGCGUGGAGGCUGUUCGUGCAAAGGAAGCAGAGGAAGACCUCGCUCCUGUACCGAUCUUCGGAGGAGGAGACUGCUUUUCGUCACAAGACUACUGGUCGUGUGUGGAACAGAGUGGUGUUGACGGUGUCAUGGUCGCACGAGGCGCGCUCAUAAAGCCUUGGAUAUUUACAGAAAUCAAGGAGCACAGAGAAUGGGACAUAAGCUCCCGCGAGCGGUUAGACUUGAUAAGAAAGUAUACCGAAUAUGGAUUGAGUCAUUUUGGGACCGAUACUGCAGGCGUAAAUGCAACGCGCCGGUACCUCUGCGAGUCACUCUCGUUCCAGUAUCGCUACAUCCCUAUCGGAUUACUGGAACGAUUACCUGGACGUAUCAAUGAUCGUGCACCAGCAUUCCGAGGUAGAGACGACCUAGAAACAUUACUUGCUAGCGAUGAUAGCAGAGACUGGGUCAAAAUAUCGGAGAUGUUCCUCGGUCCUGCGCCUGAGGCUUGGUCUUUCACACCAAAGCACAAGAGCAAUGCCUAUGAAAGUCAGGGCUGA